AUGUCGGUUUUCACGUUCGAGACGGAGCCCACGAGGGUUUCUUCGCCGUGGCUACGUCCGGCCGAGACCCCGGAGAAGGCCAUCAAGCUGGAGGCAGAGCCGCAGGAGGGGGCGAUAGAGUACAAACUGCAUCUGCUUCUACGGCCCAGACGACCGUAUGAAACCAUUAACUCCGGAAAGCCAUCGGGGUCCCAGCGACCUAGACAGGAUGAGCCUCACUCUCUUCCAGCGGACUCAUCCAGUGACAACCUCCCUAAUGUGGGUCGUCUCGCUCUCAAUUCCUCUCAAACAGACGGAUCACGACCCAACACCACCACCAGCGAAUCGCGCAAAUUGCGUCUCUAUCAUUUGACAACUCAGCUUCUCUGGAGGCUUCAGCAAUCGACGAGAUACAACCCUCUAGGAACCACCGACUCGCUAAUCCCUAAGCUCCCUGACGAUGGUGCUGAUUUAGCUGCAGCGGUACGCCUUGGAAAUCUCUGGCAAGGCCUAGAGGAAUCUAAAGGUGCUUUAUAUGAGAUAGGAGUUUCCGAUGAUGGCACGCUGGUCGGGCUCCCCGACGAUGAGAUGGAGGAGAGUCUUUUGACUCUUCGAGUAAUGGCAGCAAGCUUGGGGUGUGUUGUGGAAGUGACCAGACGGCAGUGCGUUGGAGAGUGCAGAUGGACCGAGAAGUCUCACCCAAAGAGAGGAGGUGACACAAUUCCUGAGCCGGCCAUUCACCAAGAGAAACUAUACGUGGUCGAGGCAUUUGUGAAACCUUCUCCUGGAAUCGAAGAUCAACCAGCGGACACAGUUGACCGAACUACAUCAGUUUCGCCGGGACAAGCGGCUGAUGUGGAAGCCAGUUCGACGACAGAACAGCUUCGUGUCACCCUCACAGGCCCGACUGACGGUGGCAAGUCGACACUGUUGGGUACGCUUUGCACGGGCAUUUUCGACAACGGCUCUGGUAGGAGCCGGACCUUUUUGUUGCGGCAUCGCCAUGAGCUGACGUCCGGAAUGACAACAUCGGUUUCUCAAAUGCUGAUUGGCUACAAGAACAAUGGUCACGAUGAAAAUCUCAUCUAUAGUUUCUCGGACCGCAACAUCGACUCUUGGGAAGGCAUACACGACUUGUCGCGAGAUGGGAGGCUAGUCUUCGUCUCCGACUCUGCUGGCCAUCUUCGAUUCCGACGGACGAUCUUGCGAGGACUCAUUGGCUGGGCGCCUCACUGGACGAUAUUGUGCUUGGCCGCCACCGAUGGUGAUGCGAAGGGCAAGUCCAACCCAAUGUCCUCACAAGAUGAGGCGGACUCUCCCUUGGGUGAAGUGAACCAGACCAAGGCGUACCUUGACCUGUGCCUCAAACUCCGCAUGCCGCUUGUCAUCGUCAUAACCAAACUUGACGUUGCUACUACUAUGAGUCUUCGUGCCACGCUGACGAAAGUGCUGGCUGCAAUCAAGAGUGCUGGAAGGGUGCCAAAGCUGCUGAUCAAGCAGAGGAUACAGUCUGACCCCACGAGAGUCCCCGCUGUGGACGAGGAUGACAUACAGCCUCUGAUAAGCGGUAUGAAGGCGAGUGGGAACCUGCUUGACUUCGUCCCGAUCGUAUCGACAAGUGCCGUGAAAGGCGAAGGGGUCGGUCUGCUUCACGCCCUACUCCAAAAUCUGCCCAUACCACCUACUCCCACAGCCCGAGACUAUAUCGGCCUUGCUCUGAAUCCCGAACAGCCCGACUCUGUCUUUCACAUCGAGGACAAGUUCAGUCUGUCGGCGUUGUACGGAAAUGCGGUGAAGGACGACGAAGAAGCCGAGCAUGGCACGGUCGUUGCGGGCUACCUACGUUUCGGGCGUAUAGCCGUCGGCGACCGAGUGCUGGUAGGACCAUUCCCCCCAGAGGAUGACUCGAGCACCCUGACUCCCGAGGAUCGUGCCUCGCCAGGCGGAGAAGGGCUGUCCGUCUCUCAUCACUCGUCCUCAGAGCUCAGCCGACUCAUGAUGCGAAACGCGGUCCCUGCCUCCGCCAUCAAGGGCGAGUGGUACGAUGCCCAGAUCGCCACCAUUCGUAACCUGCGUCUCCCAGUGCGCGUUCUAGAGCCAGGCCAGGCAGGCACCAUCGGCAUUGUCUUUGACAUGCCCAAGGAGGACCUUUCCGAUAGCAUCUUUGAGCGCCUCCCAAGACCGCUGCCGAAGAUACGGAAAGGAAUGGUGUUAGCCGUGCCCAGCAAGCACAUGGUGGAAACGGGAUUGUCACUCCAGGCAGCAAGCGGCGUCACUGCGGUCUUUGAGGAUGCCUCUACGGACAAUCUCAUAGUGGGGAGUAUCGUCAAGGUCUACAUCGCCAGCGUCCGCGCCUCGGCUCGCAUCCUACGCGUGUCUCCGACAUGGACGUAUCCUGACGAACCUGUUGAAGACGACGACCAAGUUUUCGUCAUUAGCGACGAGAAAGAGUCGGUCAAGCGGCAGGAGAAUGGCAAGCUAGUGUAUGAGGUGCAGCUCGAGCUCCUCACGCAGCGGGAAUGGGUUGAGAUGGGCUCACAAGUUGUGAUAUUGGAGGGAGGCAGCAGGGAUAAAUCCGGACUCGAAGGGUUUGUGGGCAGGGUCGUAGAGAUAGCAGAGUAG